CGUCCCCGCCGCCGGGACCGUGCGUCCGCCCUUUCGCCGGUGUCAUCGGCCAUGGCAGCCGCCGGCGUCACCUGCCUGCUGCUGCUGCUCAGCGUGCUGGUCACGAGUGAGCCAGUCGAGAGGCAGCCUGGCCGCCUGCCGUGUCCGGCCGUCUGCACGUGCCACCAGACGCCGCCCAGCCACGUGCCGCUCGUACGCUGGCACGAGACGGGAGACAGGGACCACGAAUCGCAGCACCACUGGGACUUCUACCAUCACCACGAGGGCUUGAACCAUACGGCAGCGGAGGGUGGACAUGAAGAGGAGGAGUCAGUGCUCUCCGUGGUGUGCGUGCUGCAGCGCGAGACUGAGGCCGCCCAGCUUAUGAGCAGUCUGCCGGCCGAUACCCAGUUCCUGUCGCUGCUGCAAGCGCCCGACAUGCAACCGACCUACCUGCGCGUCCGCCGAGUUCGACGGUGUGCGCCAGCUGCGCGGUCUCGAGAUCCAGGGCUACCACACACACGACGAGCAUGAGCACGCGGCGGCCGGCGGCCUGCACGCCAAUGACCUGGCGUCGCUGCUGGCACGCGCCGACCGUUACCACGGUCUGCUGGAAGCCGGGCGCCGCGCCGCGCAGCCUCAUCACGCUCAGCGACAGUGCGCUGCGGGGCCUGACGAGGCUGGAGUACCUCCACCUGGAGCACGUGCUGCUGAGUCCAGACCCGGCCGGGCCCAGCGUGGCCGAGUACCGUGUGGAAGAGCUGGACGGCGCGUCCGCGCCGCACAGCCUGCUGGUCGAGGAGCAGCCGCGCAUCGUGCCGUACGAGGAGUUCCGGCAACGUCAGGCGCCGCGCUAUUCCAACUUUGCCAAUCUGACGGCUUUGCGCUUCCUGCGACUGGCGCACGCCGGGUUAGAGGAGAUCUCGUGGGAGCUGUUCGAGGGGCUGGACGCGCUGCGCCAGCUGAGUGUCGAGCACCAGCUGCUGCGCACUGUGCCCGACUUCGCCUUCUACGGCUGCCCGAACCUGCGCCGGCUCUCGCUCGCCGACAACCUGCUCACUAUCAACAUGAAGAGCUUUGCCGGGCUGCUCGACCUCGAGGAGCUCGACCUCUCCAACAACCUGAUCUCAGAGCUGUCGUACAUCUCGCUGGCGCCGUUCCCGCGCUUGCGCGAGCUCAGCCUGCUCGGCAACCCGACACAGCUCGUCUACAGCGGCGCGCUCGACAUGAUGAACCGCACCGAGGUGCUGCGCUUGGGCGGCGCCGACGUGCCGCUCGAGCUGAUGCCGCACGCGCUCGACCAUCUGGCCGAACUGCGCGAGCUGACCGUGGCCAACGUGACGCUGCCGGCGCUGACAGGCGUCGAGUUCGCCGCGCUGCCUCGGCUGGUCGAGCUCGAGCUGCAUGGCUCGGUGCCACGCCUGGAGUUUGACGCGCUACGCUCCAACGGAGCGUUGGAGCGACUCGACCUGUCGCGCUGCCACCUGGAGGAAGUGUCGCAGGACGCGUUCCUCGGCUUGGCGCGCCUCACCGUGCUCGACCUGUCGCACAACCUGCUGGAGGAUCUGCCGUCCGAGGUGUUCAGCCCGCUGGUGGCCCUGCGCGAGGUGUAUCUGCACCACAACCUGCUGAGCUGGCUGUCGCCGGCCGUGCUGGGCCCGGUGCGGCCCAAGCUGCUCCAGAUACAUCACAACCCGUGGGAGUGCAGCUGCCAGCUGUCCUUCCUCAGCGCCGCCAUGACCAACAAGGUGCGCAGCUCACGGGCGACCAUCUGCCGGUGGGACAGCAGCGCCCCUAGCGGCCGCGUGUGCAAACACGAGGAGCGCGAGCACCUGACCUACGACGUUCGCGUGGAGCCGCGCUGCCACCAGCCGGAACAGUACCGCCACUGGGGCCUGUACGAGGUGCUGCGGCGUGAGCUGCGCUGCAAGCGUGCGCCGCCGCCCCCGACCGCCGCCCGUGGCGGCAAGUACUUGACGCUGGGCGAGGCCGACGACGCCGACUAUCAGCUGAUCGCAGCCGACGACGUGGUGCUGCUGGACGACCCGACCGAGUACGAGGACUAUGGGGAGGCGGACGCCGGGUACGCGGACGAGGAGUUGGCGAUGGCCGAGUAUGCGGCGGACGACUAUGGGAGGAGGCGGAGGCGCACCGGCGCCGCGAUGAGUGCGGAGCAGCGCGUGUUCCUGGUGGACGGCCAGGCGGUGUACCUGGAGGGCGGCGGCGACAUCACAGAGGUGCAGGACGAGGAGGGCGAGCCGGACGAGACCGGUCAGCAGCAGACGGUGCGCCUCACGCCCAGCCAGGCCGCCGCGCUCGGCAUCGACUAUGACGAGCUGCUGGCCGCCCCGGCCGCCGACGAGGCCGACGACAGCCAGAAGGUGGACAUCGCCGACGACCCGGCGCUCGGUCUGACCGACACGCCCACCGAGGCUGGCGAUGGGAGCAAGGGAGACAGCUGGCUGUCUCCUGUCACGCUGGCCGUGGGGAGCCAGCUGGCUAUCACUGAUGGGCUGCCUCAGGUGACGUACACGUUCGAGGUGGUGGACGACGCGGGCCAUGUGGCGGGACAUGCGGCCCUGCUCCGCUGA